CAGAUGUGCACAGACGGGCCCUUUAAGAGCCUGCAGCAGGAGAACAGGAGGAAAGAGGAGAAAAGAGGAGAGAGGAAGAGCAGAGGAGCAGAGCAGAGAGGCAGAGAGGAGAACAGGAGCAGAGGAGCAGAGGAGCAGACUGCAGCAGCAGCAGCUCGUCCCGCACACGGAGCACACGGAGCCCUCACAGACCGGAGUCUGUCACAUCCCGGUCAGAGCAGGUCCUGAGGUCCUGAGGUCCCGAGGCCCUGAGGUCCUGAGGUCCUGAGGUCCUGAGGGGCUGGGGUACAGCCCGGUCCAGGACAGUCCCUGUGCACAGGCCCUGUCCAGGUGCAGGAUGGUGUCGUGGAUGAUCUCGAGGAUGGUCGUCCUGGCCUUCGGGACGCUGUACCCGGCGUACUCGUCCUACAAAGCCGUGAAAACGAAGAACGUGAAAGAAUACGUGAAAUGGAUGAUGUACUGGAUCGUGUUUGCGUUGUUCACCACAGCAGAGACGCUCACAGACAUGCUGUUAUCGUGGUUCCCGUUUUAUUUUGAGCUGAAGAUCGCGUUCGUGAUCUGGCUCCUGUCGCCGUACACUAAAGGCUCAAGUGUCCUUUACCGUAAAUUUGUGCAUCCGACUCUGUCCAACAAAGAGAAGGAGAUCGAUGAUUAUAUCGCACAGGCCAAAGACCGGAGCUACGAGACCAUGAUGAAGUUUGGAAAGAGGGGGCUGAAUCUCGCCGCUAACGCCGCCGUCACAGCGGCCGCUAAGGGGCAGGGCGUGCUGUCGGACAAACUGCGCAGUUUCAGUAUGCAGGACCUCACCCUGAUCCAAACAGAAGAGGACCUGCACCCUGCAGACAGGGGGCGCUCCAGACGCGACACUGCGGCCGACAUGGGCUCAGGGGCGAGCACGCUGCCUCGGGCCCGCAGCGCCUCCGCUCGCCAGACUCGCUCUCUGGGGACUCUCAACGAUGACGCGUCGUCUCAGCACAGCUCAGACAUGUCGGACACCAGGCCUGACCACUCUGACGAGGACACGGGAGAGAGGACCACGAGGAGGACCGCCGCCGCUAAGACCACCAAGAAGACCGCCGCUGUAAAGACGGAGACUCAAGCAAAGACGGUGAAGAAAACCACAGCCAAGAAGAAGACGACGGCUGCAGAGACGCCAUGACGCCUCAGAGAACCAGAGCCUCUGGGUCCUCUGGGUCCUCUGGGUCCUCUGGGUCCUCAGGGCCCUCAGGGUCCUCAGCCUGGCCCUGAGUUUGACCUCAUUUCGCACAGAACCAUUUUCAUCUCAUUUAACGCUUUGGUCAUUUCGCUGACUUUUGCCAACUGCUCUGUUAAUGUUCAUUUAACUUAUUUAUUAACCCAAAGAAAAUCUUUGUCUCCUUUGGUCUUGAGGAGCACAGACUGUCCAGGUGAUGCCUUAUGGGUCAAUAAUGCAUCACUUUAUUUAUCUGUAUAUACGGUUGCCUCUGUCUGCUGGCCAGGUUAAAAUACUUGCUCCAAAUUCCAGUUCAGAUUAUAUUCAUAGACUGUUUAUAUAAAUGGACGUAUCUGCCACAGCGUUUCAAACAGGAAGUGAUCACACACGUCCGGCUCCUUCGACUCUGGCUCCAGUUCAGUUUCUGUGUAUAAACAGCGCCCCCUCUGUCCUCUCUCUGUCUCUGCUGCUUCAGACUCAUUCUGGUCUUAAAUGUUCGUAUUAACCCUCUACAUGAUCCUGGGGUUUUUAUUUCACUUUUGUGUCUGUAAAUCAAAUUAUGAACAUCCAAAUCUUCUCUGUACCUUCUCUGUCCUCGAGCUUCAUCUGGAGCCGGACGCUGCGGUGACGUCACACUCAGUCUGUGGUUAAAAUACAAAACGUCGCACAAUCACCUCGACGGCUCGCACUACUCAAUCACUCUACGAGCUCGUUUUAGAAAUCAGUUUGUCUUUGACUGAAUCUAGCUCUGAUAAGUUAAGAUUCUUUUAUUCUCUCGUUUAAUUUAAAUGUCAGAUAUUUGUACCGUGUGCUUUGUUUUGGUGUUUCGUUCUUCACAGAGACGACACUCUGAGGUCCACGUGUUCAUUUAGUCAAUAUUAAUCGUUACUAUGAUGAGUUGUGCUUGGAUUGGUAGUUCAAGGUGUUUCUAUAGUUUGAUUUUAGCAGUUUUAUCAGAUAAAAUAAGUGUUUGGUUUAAUAUUUAAGAAGUUGUUUUUGCUGAGUAGUAAUGACACUGCAAACGUUUAAAGCAAUAUAAACCUGAUAGAGCGUGAAAGCUUCAGCAAACGUUUUCAUUUUGCAUGGGGGUCAUACUGGUCCAGACCACUAGGGCGGCGACACUCACAUCUCACCCCGUUGGCUCUGAACUCUGUGAAUACGAUGUAAAUACAGACUGUACAUACUAAAAUACAAGCUUGUUUGCCUUAUACAACUUUUAGGCUUAAAGUUUAGUUUUGUAAUUAGUUGCUUACUUUUCUUGGGUUUUGAUGAGUCUAAUAUAUUUUGUGGGUCAGAUUUUACUGGACGUUUUUGUCUCUUUAGACAUUUUAACCUCAAAAGUUGAUGUUUACGCUGCAGGUCACAGGAGGAGACCAAAGGCUCCAGGCUCAUUGUUUUAUUUGCACUAAACAAAACUACACUUAAGUCUUACCAGGUGUUUUUACUUUAUCUUCUUUUUUUUAAUGAUCUUUCUUUUUAGGCAUCGUUUACAUUUAAAUAUUGUUUUUGCUUUUCAAAUCUUCCAUGUUGCUCAUGUUUGUGCUGGGACAUUAACGCCAUGUGACAGUAUUAAAGCUACUAAUAAAGAGGAAUGAGCAGUCUGAAACUCACUCUGAAACUC